UGGCAGCUUCCAACGUCGGAAAAGUCGUGGUUAGCUUGUGUGGCGUGUGUUUGUGUUGGAUAAUGUUCUAGAACGUUUGUUUUGCUUUGUGCUACUGUUUCGGUGAUCGGCCAGAAGCCUCUCUCCUCUACCUCGACUUUUCCAUUGAUCAAGGUGGUUAGCUAGGCCAGUCAAUUACUACCGAAGGAUGGAGUCCACGGUGGAGCUGUUCGCCUCGGACCCGGACUUCUGCAAGCGGUGCGGAGCCGUGCUACCGCUGCCGGGCUACGAGGACUUCGUCGUGUGCAAGAUGUGCGGCGCCAAUAUCGACGUGCGCAACUUCCACGGCCUGGAGACGAACUCGCGGGUGGUGUUCAACGACCGCAAGACAGCGCUGAAGAAAGCGGCGCCCGCGUCGACCGCCAAGCCCGCCGGGCCGCUGGUUGACCGCAAGUGCUCGCGCUGCGGCCACGAAGGGAUGACGUACGCCACGCUGCAGACGAGAUCCGCCGACGAAGGGCAGACGAUAUUCUACUCAUGCCCCGAGUGCCUCUUCCAGGAGACGGAGAACUCGUGAAGUUCGACGUUUGCCGACUUGCCGAUUGUACCCAUUUGUCUUGAACUUCGAAAAUUAGUUCAGUGCCGGUUGUAGGCGCACCAUCUGCACAUAUCUUACGCAAGUGCAGGGAAUGCUGUGAACACAUUUGUGCACGAAGCGUGCACGAAUCUCCUGAAAUAGUUUAGGAAGUCCAGGAGAAUCGAACGGACCCUGGCUGCGCCGAGACAGAAAAUUGCGGUAGACCAAAAGGAGGCGAGCUCAUACGGCAUCUGGUUCUGGAUCAGCUUUGACUGUGCGGAGUGCCAAUGGUUUCGCGUCAGCCAAGUCGAGUGCAGUGUGAAAAAAACCUGUGCUAGUGUUCUCUGUACUAGGUGUGUGCUGUGGUUUUCGUUUGAACCGGAGAGCCAUGUUGCGCAACUUUUCAUAAGUCUGUUCGUGUGGAUACUUAUUUUGUGCAUUGCUGUUUCUGUUGACACUACAGAGUUUUAGUAACAUUUUUAAUGAUUGUAUACUUCAUGGCCAUGUGUGCUACCUUUGCAAGCAGCUUGUCAAAAGUGCCCGAGCAGGUACAGGUAGACUGCUUCAUGCAAAUUUUUGAAGUUAUUAAAAUGUUUUCAGUAAUUUCAAAACUUACCGAGGUAAUCUGCAGCAACAAGUCGGCAUUUGAAGGAGCAGUUGCCGAACCUACAAAUUGCUCUUUGCCAGGAAAAUAUAUAUAUAUAUAUGCCACUGCUUAUCAAUAGCAAUGUAGCAGAAUAAGGUGAAAAACAAGAUAUGAUGCAGACAAUGCAAGUUGGCCUAGCCAUAAUUAAUUUAAUCUAUCGGAACCAAGCCAUAAUGGGAUCCAUUGUAAGCAGCACAUAGACUAUGACUAAGCAGAAACACGGGACGAGUGCUGUCUAUCAACAGCGAGUAGCCUGCUUCACUGUCCUACAUAAGAGGACAGUGGAUGUGCAAGAGUGUGUGCAGUGCUGCAGAAGCAAAGCCAAGGACUUCGCUUACAAUAGGUAUUAAAACAAUGAUGAUGAGAGAAGCAAUAGCAUUGGUGUAGAGUUAAAUGCCACGAAGCCUCAGCCACAAAUCUCCCUUAAAGGUCCCUCACCAGGUCUGGCCAUAUUGAGCCGACAAGCGCAGUGCAUACAAUGUGCGCUAGCGAUCGUGUCUGCUAAGUAUUACAUCGCUGCAAGCUGCAGAAAGAGGCUGAAAUUUCAAACAGAACGUCGUUUGCCCUUCUCCUCACGGGUGCCCUGCUCCAAGCCGGAGGGUUGACAUAUAUGCACAAGUGCACCUGCGUACAUGUCUUUGCCGUGACGUCGCUCAUAGUGACACGUGACUUGACAAUGACAGCAAGAGAGAUGUACUUCCGUUUCGUUUGCUUGUUCCUACGUCGUGCAGUCGCACGCGCAAGCAACGAAACUACUUCAUUUUCUACUGUGUUCCAGCGCGCUGUCGUGCUCUGUGAUCCGCUUGUGUCUGCCUCAAUGUUCGCGUAGCUCUGGCUUAUACGGCUAGUCAGGUGUUCUCGUGCAAUGCACACAAAAUUGUGCGCUGCGCGAAAUGAGACAAACGCAACAGCUCACGCGCGACACCAUCAGCGGAAGUGCGCUGCGUGGCAAAAAAGCGAGGAAAACAAAAAGAAGGCAGUGGCGCCUGCCAUGUAUGCGUCAUGCAAUCCUCGAGUUCCGGUAUGGGAGAAUGUAGGGAAGGAAUUUCACUUGCGGAGGCUAGACAGGGCCAGUGGAGAGAGCGUCUAUGUUGGCGGUGAAGCUUGCCUCCUGAAAUCAUGCUUUCAGAGCACUGAAAUAUUUCCAUCUCGGCUAUUAAUGAACAAAUUUUAAAAGUUAUUGUGGUAGAACGCUCCCUAGAGGGCACGUAACAACUUACAGCAUAUAGUCGAAAUUUUCUAUGUGGCUUGGUGAGAGGCCCUUUAAGUUUCCAGAAAUGGCUAAAAGGGACAGCACAAUGUAGACCUCUGCACAGAUAGCUCGGCGUUCUUUGGCACUUAGUCACUCGUGUCUCGGUUGGAUAGAUAGUUAUGCAUUGUGAUCCCAUGAGCGCUGCCCAUAACCAAACCCGUGAGGCCAUGCUCAGCUGUUGAAUAACACAGUCGCUACUGCAGCUGCACCACAGAGCACAAUACACAACAUAAGGAAACAA